AUGGCGUCCGACUCUUCUCAGGUCAAGGGACCUUUACUCGACCAUGGUCAGCAGCAACAACCAGUGCCCCAUCCCCAGAACGCUGGUGAGCUGCUGGCUAGCCACGUACAGACUCUGGCAGAUAUGAAAGGCUCGAGCCUGGGCGCUUGGGGUAACCACAAUCCGUUCGACGUGAACUCCUACCCGAUCACCAACCCUCCCAUCAUUGACUCGACAUUCUUUCUACCGUACACCAACGAAGCCGGUGUCCAAAGAAGGAGGAGAAUAUCCAUUUCCAACGGUCAGAUUGGCCAGAUUAUCAACCACGAGGCCUUCUACGCCGAUGAAGACUCCUACGAGGAGAUGAAUGAUGAGCCUUUCAGAUAUGCUCAAUCGACUCACGACGGAGCUCAGACAACCCGAAUAUUGGCAACCCUGUCUUCCCAGACAACCCCUCAUUUCGUUCACAGACCACCUCCACAGCCAGUGAAGUUGGAGGAAAAAGAUCACAUCCAGGCUCCUCCACAACCACCAGGAAGCUUACCAGGCCACCCAGUACCUCUUCCACGGCAAGAGCCAGCAGGCCUGUUCAAUAGCUUAGUUCCGACCGAGGGAUCUUUGCCGGGAGAAAUUACUCCGCAGUCUGCAAUCGACGAUGUGGCCGGUGUCCCGCCCCCUAAUCACCAGCUUCUUUACAAUAAUGAAGUAAUUUAUUCGGCAGACAGAGGCCCAAUUCCGGGCACUGCGGCGUGGAAGAAGGAGCGGUUGUUGGAAAGAAACAGGGUUGCUGCGUCUAAAUGCCGCCAGCGCAAAAAACAGGCCCAACAAGAGCUUCAGAAUAACAUCUCAAAGUAUGAGAAUGAGCUGAGGAAGCAGAAAGCACGUAUAAAGAAGUAUGAAAAGCUAUUUGCCAUUUACAACAAGACAUUGAGUGAAUAUUUCAGCAAGAGAGGCAACUCGAUAGAUAGCUUACGCCGGUUCGUUGGGAAGCCUAUCGACGAUAUUGAUCUUUGA